AACGAAAAGAUGUUAUAAAAGAGACAGAAAUGCACGCAAGCCGGCAGUGACAACGUUCAGUAUCUCUUCGAGCGAAGUAAGACGUAAUUGGUGUUCGUUCAACAACUUCAAGACGUUUUAAAUCGUGUUUUUUUUUUCUUGAAAAGAAAGAAAAAAAAAAUUAAAAAUGGCGGAAACUAAGCAAGAAAAUGGUGUGGGUCCUCAAUUGGAGGUAUUAAAUCGAGUAAAAAAAAUUCCCGUUAUUCACACGGCUAUGGAGAAAACAGGAUCGACGUAUUCUUAUUUAAAAGAUUCUCAUCACUUGAUAAAUUGGGCACUGAAUUACGCCGAAGUUGGACUUAAUUAUGCUACUGCAACCGCGGUACCAAUCGCAGCGCCAUUGGCGAAGAAAUUCGAAGGACAAAUAAAUGCUGUUGAUCAGAAACUUUGCGAAGGACUCGACAUCGUUGAAAAAAAAGUUCCGAUUGUUAAGAAGCCGCCACAACAGAUUUAUGACGCCGCUAAAGCCGUCAUGUGCAGUUCUCUCCAUCCGACGAUAGAAAAACUUCAUUCCGCGAAAGCUUCGGCAACUCAACAUGCUUCAGCGCUCAAAGAAAUAAGUAUAACGAAAACGAACGAAUUAUUGAAUACUCAAUAUGGUAGUAUAGCUGUCCAAGGUGUAGAUAAUACCAGCGUUCUUAUCAAUCGUUUGUUGGAUCAUUAUUUCCCUGCUGUCGAUGGAGAAGAGACUAUGCCAAAUCCAGUCUCUGCUGAUGAGAAUAAAGUUUUGCACACCGUACAAACGAUCGGACAAUUGUCUACGAAAACUGCCCAUCGCGUUUAUCAUUCGGUCGUAGCACAAUUAAAAACUGUUAAGAAAGAAGACGUGGCGCAAUAUAUGUCUAGCGUUGUGUCGAUUCUUCAUUUAACACAAUUUUUAGCUUCGGGACAGGAACAAACGGAACAAAAGGCGGACACACCUACGCAAGAGAAAAAAUAGAAGGGAUUAUAAGUCUUGUUAUUUAAGAUAUCUUUUAGAAAAGAAGAUAUUUUUUAGUAUCACCAUUUAUUUACAUAUGUAUUUUUUUUUUUUCAAUGCAUAAUAUUUAAUUAUGUAUAGGUAUAUACAAUCAAUUAAUCGUUCCAUUCUCGAAUCAAUGAUAUUAGAAGAACGUCUUCGCGUAUCUUCGAAAUUAUCUUAACGUUUUUCAUAAUAUUUAUACAUUGUAUUUUCCAAUAAUCAAUUAUUGCGAAAUUUCGAAUUAUGACUGAAUACUUUUAUGUGAAAAAAAAAAGAAAAGUAAUUGUUCUAAUGAUAUAUAAGUUCUGAUUAGAAUUGAUAACAACGCACAUAGGCCAAUAUUACAUGCAUAUUGAAAAUAUUUUAUACGUGCGACAUAUCAUAUAUAUAUAUAUAUACGUUUCAUAAAAAUAAAAUUUAAUAAGUAUGUAUUAUAUUUAUAUUGACCAGAAAUAAAAAGUAAAGUCGGGAAAUAGAGUUAAUACGAUAUAUUUGACUCUUUCGAAAAGACGAUAAGAGAUGUGAGGAAAUUUUUUAAAUGAUAGAAAUGAAAACAUUCACUGAUAUGAUUAGCAAUUGGAAUAAACAAAAUUCAUAAUGUAAAUCAGAGAUCAAUGGAAGUAUACGUUUCCAUUACGCGAGAAUUGUUCGAUAAAAUUAUACAACUUAUUGUAACACGCAAUUACAAUGGAUAAGUGACAACAAA